AUGGCGGAGACAAUAACACCUGUUGUUACAACUGUCUUUGGCUCAAGCCUCACAUUUUUGAACAUUAGGCCGCUUACGACUGUCUAUACACCUCCAUCAUCAUGUGUGGAUCGCUGGAUACAACCCAAUCCUCUCGAUACGGUGAUCUCCAGUGUACUGGGGUAUGCAAGUCGGAUGUAUCUUUCCUGCCAAGCGGGAGGCAUUGCUCCCACAUACAGUCCAGGUGUCUGCCCGAGUGGACAAAGGCUACGUAACAUUACGGAAUACCAAUUUUCCAAUGGUGGUUCCGAUCGAGCAUGGAAGGGAAUAUGUUGUAGCGGUUGCUGGUCUUCCUUCUCGACCAGCGUCACUGCAUACAGGCCCGGCACAGUCCUGAUCCCUACUUUCUACAGCUACAGCACCGGCAUCUCGUCAUACACCGUUGUUAGCUAUAACUACGAGCUAACUACAAAUACUACCAUUCUGACUACCGGAAGAAUGAGCGCUGAUGCGGUCGUUGUAUACUGGCAGGCAUCAGAUCUGCCCAAGUUCGAGCCCGAAUACGCAUCCGCUUUAGCAACCCACCUCGGGUUGACCUUUACUGCCACGACUUCGGCAGGCACUGUGCAUGUGGAGACAGCAACGCCAGCUUCCACAUCAGGGCUGCCACGGUCGACCAGUGACCCACAGCCGAACGAAGACCCGCAUGGCUUAAGCACUGGGGCAAAGGCAGGAAUAGGUAUAGGUGCAGCUUGUGGUGCCCUUGUCCUCCUAGCUGGAAUUUUCUUUCUCUACAGACGCAGAAAGAGGACACAUAGCUCGGAUUAUCGCACCUCAGAUAUGCAGCAGACGGCUGACAUGCCGGAAUUGCUCAACGCCAAUCAAUUUAGACAUCCUCGAUGA